GAACGCGACUGUAAAUUGGUAGUUGCUAUAUUUCAACUUUACUAUAAGGUGGGUAUUUUGCGUCCAUGUGACUUGUGCAGUGCAAACCUCGUAAUAUGGCACCAUUUAUUUUCUAAUUUUUUCCCCACAUUGUUCACCAAGAGAUUGUCCAAUCAUGAACAAAACAGUAAAUGACUGCAGUGUACCUUCGUAUAAUUCCCUAAAAACUUCCUACUGUACGGUGUCGUUCACUGAGACAUACGUAUGUCGUUCACUGGUUUGCAAGAUAAUGUCGCAAUCAACGAUUUGGCUGAGUAUCUUAUUUUUUCUAUUAAUGGUGACUCUCGGAUCGACUUUUCACUGUCAGAACAUACCCCUAAGUGGAAUGGAGGGACCACGUACUCCUUUAGAGGAGGAAUUCCGAAUCGUCAUGAGUAAUAUAAAUCGAACGGAUACCUUCACAAAAUACAUGCCAAACACAAAAUAUAUGCUAACUAUCGAAGGGGGAGAAAAUCAGGACCCGCAGCGGAAAUUUAUGAGUUUUUUCAUAAUGGUAGCAAGUGAAAACGAGACUUUGGAUAGCGGCAGUUUAGCAGUCAUUGACGAUACAUUAUCGAAAUAUUCUGAAAAAUGUGAAAAUGCUAUUAUCGAAACAGCAAAGUUGCCAAAAGAAAGUGUUUCCGUGAUUUGGAAUAGUCCAGUCGAAGAUAGCGGCUGCGUGAGAAUCAGGGCCCUGGUAAUAGAGACACCGGAGACAUGGUACAUAGAAGAUGACGAUGGAAAUGAUCAGCUAUCUGUGCGAAUGUGUCCCAACCCAAAAGCAGAAGAGGACGAUCAAGGAGAAAUACUUUCCGAGUGUUGUGCCUGCGAUGAAGCCAAGUACGAAGUAUCUUUUGAAGGUCUUUGGUCAAGAAAUACUCAUCCGAAGGAUUUUCCUAGCAAAGCUUGGCUUGCCCGAUUCUCGGACGUAAUUGGCGCUUCACAUACACAGAACUAUCGUUUCUGGAAUUAUAGUGGAAUGGCGAGUGUGGGAUUAAAACAAGUUGCAGAACAUGGCUCGACUCGAGUACUUGAAUCUGAACUGAAGAGUCAGAGCGAACACAUUAGGACUAUCAUCAAAGCGAGGGGCAUCAGCUAUCCUAAUGUAACUGGAAAAACCUUUGCGGUAUUUCGAGUAGACAGGAAACAUCAUCUUAUGUCACUAGUCUCUAUGAUUGAUCCUUCGCCAGACUGGUUCGUAGGAGUUUCCGGUCUCGAACUUUGCCUUCCGAACUGUUCCUGGAUAGAGCACAAACAGUUUAAUUUGUACCCGUAUGAUGCGGGGACGGAUGAAGGAAUCACUUAUAUAGCUGAAGACGUGCCGACAGAUCCCCAAGAACCAAUCCGUCGUAUCACUACGUCGUAUCCGAAUGACAGUAGAUCGCCGUUUUAUGAUCCGUUUAAUAAUGACAUGAAGCCAAUGGCAAAGCUUUAUAUAAAUCGACAAAGAAUUUAUGAAAAAGUCUGCGAAGAAAUGCCUGAAGGUCGCUCAAACUCAGGUGGUCACAAUAUUGAACAUAAAAAAAAAGAUAGACAAUCUGUAUCCAAGGCUUGCAAAAUGACAAAAUGGGGUAAAUGGAGUCCCUGCUCCGUAACUUGUGGUCAAGGCUACAAACUAAGGCAAAGAAGCUUCGAAGACGACUGGGCUGCCCAUACACACAAAUGUAAUAUGAGUCUAUCAGACAGGCAACAAUGCUUCGGUAUAGUUGGUGAAUGCGAACCAUCAGAAAGCCGUAAGAACUGUGAACUGGAACCAUGGAGUUCCUGGAGUGAGUGUUCGGCAACUUGUGCGCCGGCAGUAAAAACUCGAUCCCGCAUCUACAAACACAAACAGCAUGCAAAAUAUUGCAGAAUUGGGCCUAGAGCACCAGAAUUGCAGCAAACACAGCCAUGCGAGCUCGAACCUUGUCAGGACUGUGAGGGCGAAAAUUGUGAGGAGGUAAGCACAGUUAUCGAAGCUCCAGAAAACGAGACUGAUGAAACUGCACCUGAAAAUUAUGAUGAUGAUGUGGAGGAGGAUAAUGGAGGCGAGGAAUUGGAAGAGGAAGUGGAAGUAACCGAGGAAUGGUUAGAGAAAUGUCCAAAAUCUCGUUUCUCCGACUGGUCGAAUUGGUCUCCAUGCAGUUCAAGUUGUGGGCCAGGAAUGAAACUACGUUCCCGUCGAAUAGAAAAAAAUUGGAAUGGUGUAGGAGAAGACUGGGAGGAAGACGACGAAAGCCUGGAAGAAUGUAAAGUUCAGCAGGCGACGUGCACAGCAAACAUAGUCAGCUGCAACUUCACCAAAGAAGAUGCUCAAGAAAUCUGCACCGAACCCAAGGACAAAGGGAAAUGUAGUGCCAACAUCAUUCGCUUUUAUUACGACCAGGAGGCGAAGGCUUGCAAGCACUUCAGUUACACCGGGUGCGAGGGGAACAGAAAUAACUUCCCAACCGCGAAAGAUUGCAGUGACCUUUGCAGUGGCAUAGAAACGGAUGGACGAAAGAACCAUUCAAACUCAACUAAAAAGUUUGAAGUUUCGAUCAGCAGCGUACUCAGCUAUCACGUUCCAGUUCAGGAGCAACGCAGCGCCAAAACAAAACGCGCAAGAUCUGGUAUGGUAGAAACAACACCGGAAGCAGAGUUCAACGGAAUACAAACUGGAAGUCAGACAAUUGAUUCCACAGAAGAGUAUCGAGGAAAAGUCGACUGCGAAUUUACGGAUUGGUCCAAAUGGUCCGAAUGCAUGGAUUGUAAUGAUUAUACAUACAGUAUUCGUGAGAUAACGAUAAGACCACAAAAUGGUGGUAAAAAUUGUCCGAAAAAGCUGUUAAGAAAGAAAAAGUGUCGCAAAAUGCCUACUUGCAAUUUGAAGAGGGAUAGCAGUCUUCGUCGAAGAAGUAGAGACUGGGACUCCGUAUCAAAUGAUUACGAGAAUCUUUCAGAGGCUUCCGUCGACUGUGAAAUGACAACAUGGUCCUCGUGGUCUCGCUGCACUGCUACUUGUGGAGAAUCUUUGCAGCAUCGAACCAGAACAUUUCGAGUGAAGCCCCGAAGACAUGGAAGAUUGUGUCCUCCGCUCGCCGAAUUUCGUGAAUGUACGGUGCCCGAAUGUUACUAAAAAUCUCAAAAGUAGAGAUAGUUUUUUAGGAACUCGAAAUCGAAACUUCAAAAGCAGGCUAAUCUUAUUCCAAUCAGCAGUUUUUAAUGCAGAACGUAAAAGAAGACUUCCUUCAUAGUCAGAUUAUCAAAAAUCUGUUUUCAGUGUUCUUGAUUCAUUUUUGCAAUCAAGGUUCGGUGAUGUUUUAAAAUAUCAAAAAUCGUAAUAUUGUUAGAAGUAGAAUUUAGUCCAUUAAAAUCCAUGAUUAUAAACUUUAUCGUGGUAACAAACAAAAUAUGCUCUGAAACAUAGAAUCUUCAUAUUGUCAUAAAUCAAAUACCUGAAUAGUUAUUAUUAUUUGGUAAAGAAUUUUGCAGAUUUUGUAAGACCUUUCACUACGUACGCACAUUCGACCCAGGUAAUAACUUCUUUCUUUUCCAGAUUUUGUAAAUUAUAAUAUAGUUCUAUCAGAAUUCAUGAAGAGAUUUUAACGAGUUUGAAAAUUAUAAAAGAUUCAAGAGUUUUAGAAUAAUAUUCGGCAGAUAAUAAAAGGUUCGAAUGUGUCUGAACAUAUAUUAGGCAGUUUGUACAGAUUUUAGAUUUCUAUAACAAACAUCAAUAAAAUACCACUAGAAUUAUUAUAAUAAGAGAAGACAAUCCGCCUUGACUACUUGUAUUAUAUAAUUAAAAUAUUAAAGGUUUAUCUUUUAUAUAAAGAACUCAAAAUUAGUUUUUACUAAUUUCGCUGCAUUAAUUUAUGUAAGAAUGCUCUUACUUUUCUCUAUGAACACAAACAUAUCGCAUAAUUUACAUAAAUUAAAAUACUCAUGACAUGUAAAAAAUGCCAAAGAAAGUAAAAUUUAGAAUAAGUUUCUUGAAUCAAUAGACAUGUUUUAUUACUUUUUAAUGUAGAAAACUAGAUCUCUCAAUUGCACUAAAUAUCGGUAUAUAUGCUAAUGUUACAGGCAAAGUCCGAUUCGCCGUCACACUGCAGUCUGCCUAGUCCCUCCGCGAAUUGACUGAGCAGUGUCAGGGAAAGUCCGAAGUAGCACUUUCACUUCGGACUCUGUAUAAUCAAAUCGCGAAGUGCCCGACAAGCUCAGGCAAAGUAGCUGCACAGUAGGCUGACUCGAGAAUGUACCAUUCAAAAGAGUCUACAGGUCAAAAUUGUGACCGGGUAUGAAAGUUUUUUUUUUUUUUUAGAAAUGAUCAGCAUUAAAUUUGUAAGAAAACUGAUUGAUUAUAUUAAUCAGUUUUUGUUUC